AUGAACUCCUCUCCACUCCACGAAAGUGACCAGUGCCACAUGAUGAGGGGAGUGUCCUGGCCACACCUUUCCUCCGCCUGCAGCACCAGCGCGGAGCAUGCAAAUGUGGCUCAGACUGAGCCACAGCAUGCAGAGAUGGAGUUACUAUGGAACGAUGACCCCGAGGAGCUACUGCUGGAGCUGGGCUUUGGCUGUGACGAGCCUGACCUCUCCGGGCUUAUCCCAGCUCGCUUCAUCAACUAUCAGUCCCAAGCCCGCGGAAUCAACCUGCAGGUGUACUUAGAGGCAAUGAAGAGCCGCAUCGACCUGGAGAACCCAGACGUUAGCAACCGCUUCAGGCAGCUGGAGGUUCUGCAGCAGGUGUCCGUAGCCUUCUCGUCCCUGGCUGGUAAUCAAAAGGGCCUCUACACCAAAGACAUGUCCCUUGAGGCACGCGAGAGACGCAAGCGCAUGGGCAUGUUGCUACGCCGGGCGUCCAAGAAGUCUCUGAGCCAGCUUCACAGGCAGGCCAACCAAGAAGUGUCCUCUGCCAUUGUCCCCAAAGCUCCAGAGUCCAUGUACGGAGCUGAGGAGCGGAAGGUGGCGUACAGACGCGUCAAACGGAAGGACACAGUGGGUAUAAGUCCCUUCGUGGAGGAGGAGGCAGGUGUGCAGACUCCCACCCCUGAAGCAGAGGCCAUGACGGGGUCAGUCAGGGAGCGAAACAUGGACAAAGCGCUCCUGAGGAAGAAGAACCUACAGAUGAGGGAGUCCUUUGAAAUGGAAGAGCUUGGCAGCUUUGAAGACAGCAGUACGAUUGGACAGGACCUUGCAGGGACACACUUUGCACGUGGGUUGAUCCGAGUCAACAGCUGCCAGUCAGACAGCAGUGGUUUUCUGGAAGAUUUUCUCAUCCCAGCGCUGCCUCAGGACCCCUCCCCAGCCUCUGAUCUGCUUAAGGCUCUCUCUGCUCUGUCUGGUGGAAGCACAGACAGUCACUCUGGGGUCACGACUCUGCAGAAUACGCUCUGCACUUCCACUACCUCUGACCAUGCGCCUGAACACCAUCCACAGCUGUCAUCGUCGUCCUCCCACAUCGUCCAGAGAAAAGAUGUUCCUUACGCUGACAACCCCAAACAUGUAACCCUCCCGAGAAGAUUCAAACUGGACACCUCCGAUCCCUUCCGUGCAGUGCAGUCAUGGACCAACCUCCACAUUCAGCACAAUCCAAAGGGGACUAAGUCGAGCAAUGUGCCCGCUCAUGAGUGGCAGUCCGACGAUUGCCUCCACAGAAUAUCCCGCGAACAUGAGUCUAGACCGGUUUCCAUGGACACGGGACUGUGGACGAAAGUACAGGACGAGGAGGUUGACAGGAGUGGAGGACACCAGAGCGGACCUCUAUGUGACCAUACCUGCUGUAAACAGAGCGGCCAACAUCACAUGCGGGGUCAGGGGGAGCUGGACACACUGCUCUAUCAUCUGCAGAGGUUCUGUUGUGUGCUGGGCCUGAUGGAGGAACAUGUGACAGAGGAGCAGGCGGGGGUCUACAGCGCCCUCAGCCCCCACGACAGGGUGUGUGUGGAGGAGCUGCUGCAGCUCAGACAGGCCGUGAGGCAGGAGGCCGUGGAGCUCGACAAACACCUGUCCGACCUGGGGCCCCACCACGACUUCAGACUUAUUCCGAAGAUAGUCCAGCUCCUGGAGGAGCAGUCGCUCCUGUGCUCCCAGCUGCAUCUCUUUUCUUUGGAGGCCCUAAGUCCUGUGUCAGGGGCCCUCAUUCCUGUUCCAGGGCCAACUCACAAGAGGACAGUCGCCACACAGUGCAGUUUGCAGAAGGGCCCCCAUGAAGCUCCUGGGCCCCCCCAAGUGCAAGCAGCCUUGUCACAGCAGGCUCUGGGCUGUGCUCCAGCUAAAGACAAGAGGCACCUGGUGGGGCUCCUGCACAGGUUAAGACAUUCUAUUCGACACUAG